UCUUUAAAAAGGAUUUUGAUCUCUCCAGUUUGGCAGUGGAGAUAUCAUCAUGGUGGUCAGUUGGGUCUACAUUAGGAUGAGGCUGUGGUUAGCCAGCUUCCUCUUUCUCUCUGUCUAUGGACGAACCUCGGGACCAUAUUUCAUGGUGACAUUUCCUGCUUUAAUACCAGCUGGCUCUAAUGCCAAAUUUUGUGUGAGUCUUUUAAAGCCUAAUGAGACUCUGCAAAUAAACAUUUAUCUGGUUCACAAGAGUCAGAGCAGAAAUCUUUUACAAGAAACAGUGGAAAAGGACUUUCAUCGCUGCUCCAAUUUUGAGGCUCCACAGGUUGUGAGUGAAUCAGUGCAGGAGAUCAAAGUAAACGUUAAAGGGAAAGGUUUUAUGAUGACAGAGAAAAGAAAAGUGAUGUUUAAACCAUAUGACACACUGACUUUUAUUCAGACUGAUAAACCCAUCUACAGUCCAGGCCAAACAGUGAAUUUCAGAAUUGUCUCUAUGGAUUAUAAAUUAAUCCCAUUUAAACAAACGUACAGUACAGUGAGUCUUCAGGAUAGUCAUCAGAACAGGAUUGGUCAGUGGACAAAUGUGUCUUCGACAGGUUUGAUACUGCAGCUUUCUCAUGAGCUAAAUGCUGAGGCUCCACAGGGACGAUAUGAGUUGAUUGCUAACACUGGAAAAAGUUUGAUAAAGUACAAUUUUAAAGUGGAGAAGUUUGUUUUACCCAAAUUUGAGGUUAUUUUGAACGCACCAAAAGAGCACAGCGUUGGUGACAAGGAACUAAAGCUAGAAGUCUGUGGAAAGUACAUUUAUGGACAGCCAGUACCUGGUGAAGCUGUGGUGAAGGUGUGUCGCAAUGUACAGCAGAUAAAUAAUGAGGCCAGAUGUACGAGUGAAACGGUGAAAAUGAGUCGAAAUGGCUGUGCACUCCUUAUUUUCAAUGUGUCAAGCCUCAUCAAUACUGAAUUUGAUAAAAGUUUUGAGGAUUAUCUUCACGCUAGUAUUACAUUCACAGAGGAAGGAACAGAUAAUGUCAUAGUGAAAUCUGAAAGGAUAAGGCUUUCUUUCCAAAUUGGCCAAGUGGAAAUCCUUGAUUCGCCAAAAUACUUUGAGAGAGAAAAAGUUAUAGAAGGAAAAAUUAAAGUUACUACCUUCAAUGGAACACCAAUUCCUAACAAGAAGGUGUAUCUUUCAGAAGGUCAACGAUGGGCUCCAACAUUACUACUCAAUCUUACUACAGAUAGUAAUGGCUUGGCAAACUUCUCAGUCCCUUCACCUGAACAUCCUAAAACAGAGAUAUUAUUGAGUGCAAGAGUCUAUCCAGAGGAAAAAUACCACCAAUACAAAACACCAUUCUUUUUAACUGCAGAGACAUAUAUACAUCUGCUCCAACCUGCUAUACCUUACAGUCCAGUGUUCAGUGAACUGUCAAUAGAGAGCUCAGAAGAACCAUUUAAAUGUGGUUCUGAAAUUCCCAUAACAAUUAACUACUAUAUUGUUGGGGAAACUCCUGAAAGUUACAGUAUUGAUCUUAUAUACAUGGUCUUGUCUAAAGGAGCCAUAGUCCAUCAUGGGCAUGAGACAGUUGAUGUGGAAGAGUCUACAGAUACCAGAAAAGGAAAAGUCUCAUUUAAACUAUCUGUUGAUGCUGAGAUGUCUCCUGAAAUGCAGGUUGUCUUGUACUCUGUCCUGCCUAGUGAGAAUGUCAUUGCGUCUAGCAGGGAAUUCAGUGUGGAGAAAUGUUUUAGAAAUAAGGUUUCACUACAGUUCUCUCCCUCUAAAGCAGUUCCAGGUGAGAAGAACACUCUUGGGGUCUCAGCUCAUCCUGGUUCACUGUGUGGCCUCAGUGCUGUAGAUCAGAGUGUGUUCAUCAUGGAGUCCAACAAACGGCUGAACACUGACAAGAUAUUUCAUUUGUUGCCAGUGAAAUCAGUAUUAAAUUAUCCCAGUCAAGUUGAAGACGAGCUGAAGUGCUUGCAUGUUAGACCCCAGCGGGAUGUAUGGGUUGAACAUGUCUACAAUACAUUAACGGGAGUGGGGCUGAAGAUGGCAACAAAUUUGGCUGUUAGAGAACAUCAUUGUUUGGUGUACAAAGGCGUGCAUUAUAAUCGUAUCGGUCUCUCAGGAGGCAUUUCUUUACUUCUAGACAUCGGUAGAGAAGAAUAUCACAGACUUUAUGAUCCCGAAAUAUCAUACCCAAAACUGCAAAUUCGCAAAUUGUUCCCAGAAUCUUGGAUAUGGCAGCUUGUUGAAGUGGGGGACUCUGGAUCAGUACAGCUUCCUGUCACUGUUCCUGACACCAUCACCACUUGGGAGACAGAUGCUUUCUGCGUGUCCUCUAUAGGUCUGGGUCUCGCUCCUCCUGUUCAGCUCACAGUGUUUCAGCCCUUCUUCCUGGAGCUCUCGUUGCCUUACUCCAUUAUACGUGGAGAGGUUUUUGAGCUGAAGGCUACUGUCUUCAAUUAUCUUUCCAAAUGCAUUAUGGUUAAAGUGGCUCCAGCCCCUUCCUCAGACUACACUCUGGAAAAAUCUUCUGAUGGCGAGUAUUCAUCCUGUUUGUGUGCAAAUGGAAGAAAGACCUUCAAAUGGACUUUAAUUCCCUCUGUGCUUGGAGUCUUGAAUGUGACAGUGAGUGCAGAGGCAGAACAAUCCCAGACUGUGUGUGAUAAUGAGAUUGUGAGUGUUCCAGAGAGAGGCCGUAUUGACACAGUUACACGAAGCCUGAUUGUAAAGGCUGAUGGGUCUGAAAAGUCAAAAAGCCAGAGCUGGAUAUUAUGCCCACAAGGCAACAGUGUUUCCGAGGAAUUGGAGCUGACACUUCCUGAGGAUGUAAUAGAGGGAUCAGCACAAGCUUCUGUUUCAGUGCUUGGAGACGUACUUGGUCGUGCAUUAAAAAAUCUGGAUGGACUACUAAGGGUGCCAAAUGGCUGUGGAGAAGACAACAUUGCUCUCCUCGCCCCAAAUAUCUACAUUCUUCAGUAUCUAGAAAACACCAAGCAGCUCACCACAGCUAUCCAUGACAGGGCUACUGGUUUACUUAAAAGUGGAUACCAGAGGCAGCUAAACUAUAGACAUAUAAGUGGUGGAUAUAGCACAUUUGUUAAGGAAGAGGAGAAGACAUGGUUAACUGCUUUUGUCUUAAAGACUUUUGGCAAAGCACAACGUUACAUCUUUAUUGACCCAGAAAGCACUAACAAAACAAAGCAAUGGCUUAUAAAUAUGCAGGGAUCAGAUGGCUGUUUUAUACAACAGGGAAAUCUGUUCGAUAAUACAAUUAAGGGUGGUGUAAAUGAUGAAGUAACCAUUACUGCCUACAUCACUGCAGCAUUCCUUGAAUUGGGCUUUACAGUGCAAGAUCCUGUGGUAAAUAAAGGGUUACUCUGUCUCAAAUCUUCAAUUGGCAAACUGACAAAUACCUACAGCACUGCAUUGUUGGCCUACACUUUCAGCCUGGCUGGAGAGAAUGAGGUUCGAGAGCGACUGCUGAAAGUGUUGGAUAGUGUUGCUAUUUCAAGAGGUGGUCGUCUUCACUGGUCUCACUCAACAGCAGAGGACUCCAGGUCUUUGUCAGUGGAAAUCAGCUCCUAUGUGCUGUUAACUGUUCUCACUUCAGGUCAACUCACUGCUGCUGAUUUGGGUUAUGCUAAUAGGAUAGUCAGCUGGCUGGUAAAACAGCACAAUCCCUAUGGAGGCUUUUACUCCACCCAGGACACAGUCGUGGCCCUGCAAGCUCUGGCUCUGUACUCCACUAAAGUUUUCAGCUCAGAAGGCUCUAGCACAGUAACUGUAAAGUCUGCAGCUGGACACAGUCACAACUUUGAUGUGAACCAGAACAACAAGUUACUGUACCAAGAAAGAUCAUUGCAGGAUGUUCCUGGUAAAUACAGAAUUGAUGUGAAGGGCUCCACCUGUGUAUCAGUGCAGACAGUACUUUUCUACAAUGUUCCCACACCUACUAAAACCAAUACACUGAACAUCACAGCUACAACUGAAUCAAACUGCAAAAAAUCAUUUGGAGAAAUAGCGUCCCUCCAUUUCACCAUCACUUAUAAUUUGACACGACACAGCACUACCAUGAUUAUAGUGGACAUAAAACUUUUAUCAGGUUUUACAGCAGAUCCAUUUGAACUUCAUUGGCUGGAGUAUUUUCCUUUGGUGAAAAGAGUACAUUCCAAAGAUGACCAUAUUAUCAUGUAUAUAGAAAAGGUCCAAAGGAAUAUUCCUGCCAACUAUCAUCUACACUUUAAACAAGCGAUGCCUGUCAAGAAUCUCAAGCCAGCUGUGAUCAAAGUUUAUGAUUACUACCAACCAAAUGUCCGGUCUGAGACGCAGUACACCUCCCCUUGUGUGUAAGCUUAAAAAUCUGCAUUAAAGAUUCAGAAAAGCUGAA